AUGGUUACACACAUUUGGUGUCGCUCCACCGGUUCCCAAGAGUCAACUGCGGCCUGUUCGCCCGCACCCGAGAACCAAUCGCCGGCUUCCAUCGAAAAACUCUUCCACCGGGAGCACUUCGCGACGGCAAGGCGGACGCAGGCCGAAACAAACGAGUUUCGAAAGGCCAGCAACGUCACCGUCAGAGGACAAGCAGUUCCGACGCCUAUUUUAGGACUGUACGAAGCCAACUUCUCGGAAUGCGUCACCGAAGCCGCCUACGCUCUCAACUACUGUACUCUCACCGCCUUGCAGUCGCAGUGCUGGCCCGUCGCCCUGCACGGCCGAGACCACCUCACCAUCGCACACACCCGAGCUCCAGCCAACGAGCAGGCCUACCUUCUGCCGGCCAUCGUGCACGCCUUGCACCAACCAGUCCGAUCAACUGGCCACGGCCCCGUUGUGCUAGUACUCGUUCCGACCCGAGAGGUGGCAGAGAAAAUUCAACGGCUAGUUUCUGACUUGGAGAAGUGCACCGAUGUCCGUAUCGUAUGCCUGUGCUCGGGUGAUUGGAAGGAAAGGCAGCUGGAGAGGCUUAAGGAAGCGAGUUACGGGAUGUGGAUCAUGACGCCUAGCCAUCUCCUCUCGUUCUUGGAGGAAGGGAAGGUGAACAUUAGCAGCUGUACGCUUCUGGUGCUGGAUGAAGCUGAUCGGAUGAUGGCGAUGGGUUUCGAGAAAACGCUUCGCUCAAUCUCGGCCCCCGUCCGACCUGAUCGUCAGACGCUCAUAUUCGUCAACUCUAGAUCGAGGGAGAUUGGAGACCUUUCCGAGUGCUUGCUUAAUGACUAUCUCCAGGUUAGCAUCGGGCAUUGCAAGCUGGUAGAGAACCAGCGGGUCGAGCAAAUUGUCAUAAUCUGCGAGGAAAGCUCAGAAAUGUGA